GCCGCGUGUUAGAUGGGUUUGCUGUGCGGCAAACUGCGCGACGGCUGUUGUUUCGAGUCCUUCAGCUGUUGUCAGAUUUCAACGUCGCCGAUGGAGGAAUUCCAGGUGUUGAUCCUUGGUCCAUCGGGCAGUGGCAAAACGGAGUUGGGCCACCGUUUGAGUGGAACACCCCGGGAUUUAAACGACCAGGAGUCCACGAAUGGAGUGCGUUGCUUUGAGAUUUCCGCGGAGGAAACUCACUUGAAGCUCCAACUCACAGAAGUCGGUGGAAAUGCCGAGAUGCAGCGUCUGUGGAAACACUAUUAUGCCUCCUCGCAUGCUCUGAUAUAUUGCUUCGAUCUGGCUUCGGAUCCGGAUGGACUACAGGCCGCAUUCGAUUUGCUCAGCGAUUGCCUGCAGGGAACCCAGUUGGCUGGCAAACCUGUGCUUUUGGUCGCCUCUCGACAUCGCGAGGGACUUCAGUUGUAUGACGUGGAGUACGCCUUCGGAUUGGAGGAUCUGGCAAAGUCAUGUGGUUGUCCUUUGCUCAUCUGCCACAUGGACGAGGCCGAGGAUCUGCUGAGGGGAGUUCGAUGGCUCUGCCACCAGCUGUUGGCCAGGAAAUCGGAAUUGGAGCAGCGCAUCCGAUACGAUGUAAAUAUGCAGGUUUGGCAGCGUCGAAAGCGAUCACUUCUCUCAAGUGGCAAACUAGCACAAGUACAUCGAAAUCGAUUUCGGCGACAGACCAGAAAGAUAUUGCCCGCAAUCCAAGGAUUUGGAACUAUGUCGAUUCGACCGAGUACAGCCCCUCCAAAUAUUUUUUUUAUAAACUCGCAGCAGGAGGAAAGUCACAAGUCUUAAAAAAA